AUGGGAAGCGUCUUUUCCUCCAUUGGUCGUGGCAUUUCUGCCGUUAUCAGCGCCAUUGCCAACGUCUUUAUCACUAUUGUCAACGCAAUCACUAGCUCGUCCCACUUCACCGUCGGCGGUAGAAUGACGGUCAACUGGGCUCUUGGAGGCUACGGGGACACGAGGAUCCCUACCAACAGCACGCCUCUUGCCCCGAGGGACAGCACCCUGGCACCAGAUCUCGAGAUGAUCUCGCUGCUCUCGACCCACCUCCUUUCGAAACAGGUCUGCCUGGGCCUGUCCGUCUGGGUCAUCUACGACUACUUUCUGAUUACGGACGACAGUGUCAACUUGUUUUGGUCGUAUAGAUGGAAUAUCUCAAAAGUGCUUUUCUACCUUAGUCGAUAUAUGACAAUCCUCAUUGUCUCAUUGACUACUAUAGGCAAGUCUCACCAUAGGAACGGUUCACAUUCGAUAACUUUGUCUCUAGAGAUCUUUACCCCAAAUCCUUCUGACACGCCCUCGUCACUUUCUGCCCAACUCACAAUCAGCAGCUGUCGCAUCUAUCCCUGGCUAUGGCUGGUUGGAUCCAUCAUUCUGAUGGGUAUCAUGAAUCUCGUGCUCAUUUCCCGAAUCUAUGCUCUCUGGAACAGGUCGCGACUCAUUCUCAUCGUCACAAUGUUUGGUCUCAUCUUCCAGCUAUCAUGGUUUAUUGCUAUGGUCAGCUAUACCAACAACCUUGCCACCCUGGCACAUAGCUCUCCUCCUUUCACUGGGUGUUUGCGCAUCCCGUGCACCUCUUUAGGAUGGACCGUGCUCGUCCCUCCAGUCUUCAACGAGGCCACCCUCAUCCUUCUCACCGCCAUCAAGACUUGUCCCAUGGUCAUCCAACACGGUUUCCAUGUGCCACUUUACAAUCUACUCCUUCGUGAUGGAUUCCUCUAUUUCCUCCUGAUCAUAAUCAUUUAUUCCAUCAAUCUCAUCUCAGCCUUUCGGCCUUCGCCCCUGAAAACGAUUCUUGAGGUUUCCUUUCCUGCGCUCUCUUUCAUGGGCAUCUCCUGCACUCGCCUGCUCCUUCGGUUGCAGCGAGCAUUGAUAUCGGGUGCUGAUGAUGAUCCCCAGACCGAGUUUGACCGAUCAGAGAUAACCAGGAACUGGCCCAUUGUCACGUUUGGAGGGAGUGGGGGAAACCAUAUGGGUUCAAAGGGGAUGAACAUCUCUCCAACCCGCUCUCAUUUACCUAUUGUAACACUCCCAUACGCUGAGGAGGGUACUCAAAGGGAGUGCAGACGGUAUGAGCCUCAAGCAGACUAG